AUGAAUAAAGGUCUCUCUGGCUUCAUUUUGAGGGAAAUCUAUGACUCUGAUAUCAAAGGAAAUAGAAAUCCAAAGAGUGACUGUGAAUUUGAUGAAACUGCAGAGAAAUUCAGCCAAUAUUCAGUCCUAAAUCAAUACACCAAAUUGACUUCAGGAAAGGAUUGUUGUCAGGUUAGUAAAUACAGCAAAGGCUUUCUUGAAGAAAUAGGACUUGUUCAGUCACCAGAGAAAACUCCUGAAAUUCUCAUGAAUUUUGACUCUACUUUAGACAUCAUUAGACAUCCAAAAACUAAACAUGUAGAGAUGGUUUUGGGGCAUAAUAAAGAUGGGAGACCUUUAAGUCAGAACUCUGAGCUUAGUUCACAUCAAAUAAUCCACUGUGGAGAGAAACCUUAUGAAUGUAAACAGUGUGGAAAGGCUUUCACACUGAAGAGUGAUCUUUUUGUACAUCAGAGAAUCCACACUGGAGAGAGAACUUAUGAAUGUAAACUGUGUGGAAAGACUUUAACUCGAAGUUACAACCUUGCUGUACAUCAGAGAAUCCACACUGGAGAGAAACCUUAUGAAUGUAAACAAUGUGGAAUGGCUUUUACAAUAAGAAGGUAUCUUGCUGCACAUCAGAGAAUCCACACUGGAGAGAAACCUUAUGAAUGUAAUCAAUGUGGAAAGACUUUCCCAGAGAGGUACGUUCUUGCCAUACAUCAGAGAAUGCACACUGGAGACAGACCUUAUGAAUGUAAACAAUGUGGAAAGGCUUUUACAAUAAGAAGACGUCUUGCCAUACAUCAGAGAAUCCACACUGGAGAGAAACCUUAUGAAUGUAAACACUGUGGAAAGGCUUUCAUACAGAGGGGACAUCUUGCAGCACAUCAGAGAAUCCACACUGGAGAGAAACCUUUUGAAUGUAAACACUGUGGAAAGGCUUUCACUCAGAGCAGUGGUUUUGCUGCACAUCAGAGAGUGCACACUGGAGAGAAACCUUAUGAAUGUAAACAGUGUGGAAAGGCUUUCACACAGAAGAGUAGUAUUGCUGCACAUCUGAGAAUCCAUACUGGAGAGAAACCUUAUGAAUGUAAACACUGUGGAAAGGCUUUCACUUCGAGUAGCCGUCUUGCUGCACAUCAGAGAAUCCACACUGGAGAAAAACCUCAUAAAUGUAAAUAGUGUGGAAGGGCUUUCACAGAGGAUUAAUCUGGCUAAAUAUCAGAGUAUCCAAACUGGAGGGAAACUUUAUGGAUAUAAUGAGUUUGGAUUGACUUUCACAUGAAACUUCACAGUUGUUUCAUAUCCCAAAAUCUUCACUGGAGGGAAACCUCAAGAGUAAGGAGGCUGAGCUUAUAGUUGAUACUUUUAGAUUGUUUAACAUAAGAGGAUCCACAUUGGAGAGAAACUUUGGGAAUAUGAUCAUUGUGGUAAGGCCUUCAGGAACAAUCAUCUCUUAUUCUCAACCUAGAAUUCCUUUUGGAUGCAAAUCUUAUUAAUGUCAUGAAUGAAGAAAGACUUUGAAAUGGAGAAUUCAGAGCUUGUUCAGUAUGAGAAAAUGUCUUCUGAAUACAAUAGUUCCAGAUGGAUUCCCUGUAGGAAGGCUUUCAGCCAGAGAUCUUCUCUUACUUCAUACUAGUGGAUUUAUAGUACAUAAAAACCUAAUGACUGUGUUCAAAGUGUAUGUGUUUUCCUCAGGAGGAUGAUAAUCACUAUUAUUUAGAGAAAUUCAAAUUAUAAUAAGUCUGACUGAGCACUCCAAGUUUAUUAGAUUGACUCAUGCCAAAAAAAGAAAGAGACAAAAAUUGGAGGAGAGACUAUAAAGAUUAAAGAAGGGGAAAAAAACUGUUAAAGCUGUUCUUUUGGGGGUAAUAAAAGAAUUAGAAAGUAAGAGAAAACU